AGUUGAAAAUUUGAGCUUAAGAGCUUGAUACACGUUCACAGCGUGAGCGUCAUUUUUUUCCAAUUUUUUUUUUUUUUUUUUGCUGUUUCGUUUCGUUUCGUUUUCAAGUGAUUGUGUGUUCGAUGUUGCGGUGGAGGAACACCAAUAUACCGUGAAGAUAUUGAUCUGAUAAAUGAUACUUAUUAAUUUGGUUGAAAUUUAGUUGUCAUUCGAAUGCUAACGAUUCAAGCAACCAACUUGUGAUUUUGGUCUUAAUUUUGUCUUUUUCUGUCGGACAGUUAGUAAAAAGAAUCUUUCGAAUUUGGAUGCAUUUUCGAUGAGAUUGAAAUUAUUUUUAAUUUUAAGCUGUAAAUUUGUGUUAAUUAAGAUCCGCUUACUGGUUAAACUACUGUCCAAAGAAUAAAGCGGCAAAAUAAAAUAAGACGAAAACGUUUUGUGUGACCGGCAAUUAAUCAAAUAAAAAAGUACUAAAAGUCAAAACAUAUCACUUCUUUGCAUUAGUGAUUAGUUAAGAUAUUUAACACAGUGUAAAUGAAUGUGUAUAUAUUACUUUCGCUUAAAUGCUCAUGCUCACACCCACUACGACACAGUGAAGCACAGUAGAAUUAAUUUGAAAAUUGAAGAGAAACAUAGUGAGAGGUUCAGAGGCCAAACAAAACAAUAGGAGUCGGAUUGAACGUUGAAUAGGAACAAAUUAAUGCCAACGAUGGAACACAUAGUGAUCGUUUUGGUGUCAUCACUGUUGAUUGUCGCACAUUCCGAUGGAACAUCAGCGCCGGGCACGUAUCGCACAUUAUUCGAUUAUCCAGCUGAUGCACUUGGUGUAAAUGAUUUGGAAGGCCAAGAAGAUGCCUCGACAGCAGUUACGCAAAAGUCGAGUGGAGUUACUUCCCAAUUAGGUGGAAGCGAUGAACUGGAUAAGCUUAGGAGGAGUAUUCCUGGUGAGCCAGACGUUGAUUAUCCAAUUUAUAGAACACCACCUGAAACGGAAUUCUCUUGCAGAAGCAGAUUUACAGGGUACUAUGCGGAUGUUGAUACCAGGUGCCAGGUGUUUCGAGUUUGUACGAAUACCGAUUUAACUGGAAAAGGAUUCGCUUUCUUAUGUCCAAAUGGCACACUUUUCAAUCAGGAAGUGUUUGUCUGUGAUUGGUAUCAGCACGUUGACUGUAGUUCGAGUGAGAAUCAUUAUGGCAAAAAUGCUCUACUCAAUAUGAAAAUUGACAGCAUGUCCGAAAUGAUGAAAGUUGUAAAUGAAAUGGUCAACUUCCCAUUAGAGACGAAUGGAGAACGACCAAUACCAAUGCCAACUUUCCCAGAAUUUCCAAGACCAGUAACCCAGCGUCAACCAGCCAUUCCGACGACAAUUCCAUUCGUUGCUCAAACUACACCGACAUCAAAUCAAUUUACAUUGACACCGUCAUCACCUCCAUUCGGGAGCAGAAUAGCAAAUUUCAAUACAACAAAAGCAACUCAACCUACACCGCCAACACCUCAGCAACGCAGACCCGGCUUUGGAACACAAACGUUCACACAAGAAGGUGAUUUCGAAGUAAAUUCGAAGAAUACAUUUGAUAACACAAAAACCGUCCAGGAUAAUACAUAUUCAAAACAACCGAUUUUCAUCUCAAGUCUGGGCGAAUUAUCUACUGACCCGGGAAAUAAAUUCGAUAUUAAUACAGCUAAAAUCAUCAAACCCGAAGAUAACCAAGUAAUCACUCCACCCACACUCACAAAAGAACAACAGCUGAAGGAAUCAUUAUCGGAAUCGUUUCGAAAUCGUGCAAACAACAACGCAACAAAUCCGGGCGAAAAUAAUCUAGCAAAUGGUUUACAACGAGUUUUACAGCAAAAUCCGGACUAUCAAGUUCAAGUGCUCUCGGGAGAGGCUGAUCUAUUGCAAUUCAUUGAACAAAUUUUGCAUAGAAACCCAGAUCUAACACCAGAUCGUCUGAAUGCGAUUCUAUCGUCCGAAAGUGAUGCGAUCCUGCAAAUCUUGAACGAUGCCGUUAAUCGAAAUCAGUCCGGUGAUAAGUCACGGGAAAAUAAUAUUCUGGACAGAAUUCAACAAAUUCUGAACAAAUACAAGAAUAACCGUGGCACUGUUCCGAUUUUAAAUGGCGAAGCAGAUUUAUUGGAUAGCUUGAAGCGAAUUCUGGUACGAAGCCAAUUGCCGAUAUUCUCCGGAGAAGCCGAUCUCGUUUCAUUUAUUGAACUAAUUGUGGAACGAAAUCCUGAGUUUACGAAACAACAACUCAAUGCCAUUAUCAGUGGCGAAACUGAUUCCAUUUCAUCGAUUCUGAAUCAAAACAGACAACACAAUAGCCGAAUUCCUGUCAAAAGUGGCGAAGCGAUACUCCUCGACGCUAUAGAAAAUGUGCUGCAGCAAUACCGUGGUCGACCACAAUCGGUACCAACUCAAACGGCAGCUCAACGGCUUCAAAUUCAAUCAGGAGAAGGAAACUUACUUGAAAAUGCUCUACGACGAAUCCAACAACAGAGUCAAAUACCAAUAUUUUCCGGUGAAGCUGACCUCAUCUCGUUCAUUGAACAAAUUGUGCAACAGAAUCCGGAUUUCACAAAGCAACAACUCAGUGCUAUUGUAAGUGGUGAAGCUGAUUCAAUUUCAGCAAUUGUGAAUCAGAAAAAACAACGAAAUAAUGGAGUUCCAAUCGAAAGUGGUGAGGCAAUCCUAUUGGAAGCCAUUCAAAUUGUUCUACAAAAAUACCGUGGUCAGAAUAUUACCCAACCGCAAUCAGUUUCAACUUCAUCUCAACCAGUUCAGCAAAUUGUACAGUCAGGAGAGGGCAAUUUACUUGAAGGAGCCUUGCGACAAAUCCAACAACACAGUCAAAUUCCUGUAUUUUCCGGUGAAGCUGAUCUCAUCUCGUUUAUUGAAGAGAUUGUCCAACGAAAUCCAGAUUUUACUAAGGAACAACUGGGUGCCAUCAUUAGUGGAGAAGCUAAUUCAAUCUCAACCAUAGUAAACCAGAAAAGACAACAAAAUAUCGAGGUUCCAGUUGAAAGCGGUCAAGCUAUACUCCUUGAAGCUAUUGAAAUAGUUCUACAGAAAUACCACGGUCAACCACAAACAGUGCCAACUCAAACUCAAGCUCAGCAGAUUGUUCAAACAGGAGAGGGCAACUUACUCGAAGGUGCCCUACGACGGAUCCAACAGCAAAGUCAAAUUCCAAUAUUUUCGGGUGAGGCUAACCUCAUCUCAUUCAUUGAAGAGAUUGUGCAAAAAAAUCCAGAUUUCGCGAAAGAGCAGCUCGGUUCUAUCAUUAGCGAUGAGGCCGAUUUAAUCUCAACCAUUGUAAACCAGAAAAAACAACGAAAUAAUGGAGUUUCAAUCGAAAGUGGUGAAGCCAUACUCAUUGAAGCCAUAGAAAUUGUUCUACAGAAAUAUCGUAACAAAAAUACUCCAAGCUCAGUAUCUCCUCAGUUUGUGCCAGUUCAAUCGGGUGAAGGAAACUUGAUCAGCAGUUUAAAACAAAUUCAACAACAGAGUCAAAUCCCGAUAUUUUCCGGUGAAGCUGACCUCAUUUCGUUCAUUGAACUAAUCGUGCAAAGAAAUCCUGAUUUUACAAAGGAGCAACUAGCCGGUAUCAUUAGUGGUGAGGCGAAUUCCAUUUCAACGAUUUUGAAUGAAAAAAGGCAACGAAAUAAUGUGAUCGCCGUUGAAAGUGGUGAAGCAAUCUUGCUUGAAGCAAUCCAAAUAGUUUUGCAAAAGUAUCGCGCCAAUACAGGGAUAUUGAAUCAGAUACAACCACCAUAUAAAACUGGUUCACCACUCAGUCAAAAUCAACAAGGCAUUGUAUCAAUAACAGACAUAAAUAGAUUAACAUUGACCGGUGAUAAUGUUGUGAGUCAACCAACGGUUGGUGGUGGUAAUUCAUCGAAUCACUCUUUCUUCAAUCAGAAUUUGAAUGGAAAUGGCUUCAAACCCGUCACAUCUAAUGAGCAAGGAAGAGAAAUUAGUUCACAAUCACCAUUUAAUCCAAUAUCAAAUAAUCAAAAUGAUCAAAUCGAAUCUGACGAAUUGAAUUUACUCGAACAGACAUUGGAGCAGCUUGCAUUACGUAUUCCAAAUCAGCAACGGCCCAUCUUCUCUGGUGAAGCAAAUCGGUUGGCAUUUAUUCAACAACUUAAGCAGCACAAUCCAGAUCUGUCAAUUAACCAAUUGAAUGCAAUCAAUGGCGGCGAAGCAAGCUCAAUUUUGAGAAUAUUCAAUGAAAAAACGCGGAAAAGUAAAGCGAGUGGUGUAGUUGAUGGCAGUGCCGAUCUUCUUGAAAGUAUUGAGAUAGUUCUUCAAAAAUACCGUCUGGACAAACAACUGUUGCCACCGUUGCGUGAGCCAAUAUUCACGGGUGAAAGCGAUCUUCUGGAAUCAGUACAAAGAAUUCAACAAAAAAGCUCAGUUCCGAUUAACUUUGGCGAAGCUGAUUUGCUGCAAUUUGUUCGUCGAAUCGAAAAUCAAAAUCCCAAGUAUACUCCUAACCAAUUGAGCUCGAUUAUUGACGGUGGCGCUGAUUCCAUCAUAGAUAUUUUGACGGAAAACAAACAAAAAGAGAACUACAGCGGCUUUGAUGUAAUUGAAAGUGGUGAAGCAGACCUGUUGGUGGCAAUCCAAUACUAUGUGGAAACGUAUGUUAAGCCAGACGCUGUACAACCGCCCACAUCAUUUGUGGCAAACCAUCCGCAAUUGCAAUAUACUCAGAGCAGCCAGGCACAGACAGCAGCAGUCAAUCAAUUACCUCAAGGCAUCAACAGCACAGGCCAACCUUCACAACAAUCAGUGCACGGACAAUUGACUGCAGUCAGUUCUGGCAAUUCGUUUUAUCAAUAUUCAAAUCAAAAUCAAGGGAAUACAUCAGGCGCCAAUGGAAAUGCUACCUAUUCCUUUGAGCAGAAUAAACAGAGCCAAUUUUCAAAUCAACAUUCCCAGUCAACCCAAAGUCAUAUUACAAAGGACGUGUUCAGAGGACAAGACAAUAUUUAUACACAAACUGCAAUAAGUCAUAAAACUCGAUCUCAAUCAACGUCGUUGAACUCACAGAAAAUCCACUAUAAAUUCACACAAACUGUACCAUACCAACAGCAGCAGCAGGAGACAGCAGCUCCGGUUCAGUUCAUUCAGUCGAGUGUGUCAAGCACAAUAUCACCAAACACAUACAUCCCACCUCCAGUAACACCAUCAUCGUACAGCUUUGCAUCUACGCAAGCAUCGAAGCAAGUGUUCACAUAUCCUGCGGAAACCGAAGUACGUAGACAAAGUGCCAGUAUAAACAUUACAAAGGAUUCCGUCAACUAUCAAUCGAUCAGCGAUAAAAACGAAGCUCCACAACCGUCCGCAUCACAGGCAUUCGUUUAUACCGAAAUUGAGAAUCGACCUCCGGUCAAUUACGACAUUCCCCAUCCGCCACUGCAGACGGUUUAUCCGAAAUCAAUUCAGAAUAAUGUCGUCUCACGAAAUGCAGUCAAUCGACCAACGGUGCAGCGAUACAGUUUGCCAUCGAUACCACACUCAUUACCGUCUAUCGUGCAUGAACCCAGCAAUACAGUUGCGAUCAUUCAAAAUGUUCCGGCCACAUUUGCUAGUUCAUUGAACGCACAACGGCAUCCAUUGCCCGUGAUAACAUCUACGUACAGCAAUCGAGAAAGUUACUCGAAUGCAAAUGCAAGUGAAAAAGUUGUCGUCAAAGUUGUAAAAGCGCCCGGUUGGUAUUUAAACGAUGCAAACGAACGACGUUCGUAUUAUGAUGCGGUGGCUCAUGGUUUGCUCAGCGAUAAUGGACUGGUUUAUGUGAACAAUGUACAAAAAGAUGCCAAUGCCGCAACGAAUAUAGCUCAAAAUUCACCAAUCAAUUUUACUCCAUCCAAAGUUGCACCGCCUGCUUUCACCCAGAUACUUUCAAAUAGUCCAAUUCAAACGCCAUCAACCGGUUACACACCACAAAAUAUAAUUUCGCCAGCCAUAUCUCAAUCACAAUCAGUGGGAUAUCCUGCUGGGAAUCUGAUCCAAUCGUUUAAUGGCAUAAAUUAUUGGCCACCUUGUGCCAUCGCAUCAUACCACCAGCACGUUCAAAAUUCACCGACGUCAUCAUUACAACAAGCACAAUCACGACCACUUUCAUUCGACAAACCAUCAAAUAUCGGGGAUAAUUUAUACAGCGGCCGUUCAUCUUACAAUGUUAACUUACAAAGUGUCGGAAGAUUGGCUGGAGACAAUGCCAAAUAUCAAUACAGUUUAUUGUCAUUACGUCAACCACCGCGACAAGCUUAAUAGAUUUGUUUUUUUGGAAUUUUUCUUUAGAAAGUUCCAAGUGUUAAUCAGAAAAAGAAAGAAGAAACAAAUUAUACAUUCUACAUGUAGAAUGGUGUGUACAAAUACUGCACACCAAUUUACGUGGUAAAGAAUGCAUUUUAGUAAGUCAUUUUGAUUACAUUUUUCGAGUAUCGAGUGUAUCAUUCAUAUAUUAAUAUAGCGAAUCUUAAAUAACCGCCUCAGAAUCGUACGAAUCACACAUUUCAAUUAUUAGCGUUAACACAUUCUACCUACUAGUUUAUACUUUUUUUCUUAAGUUGUGCUAUUUAUUUUUUUUUUCUUACUAAAAGAAGCUGCAAGUUUUGUGAACAAUA